AUGUCCGUCCGGCCAAACAUUGAUAAAUCAAAAUUCUGCAGAUUCCACAAAGGCCACGGGCACAACACCGAGGAUUGCAUCCAUCUUAAGGAUGCCAUAGAGAUAUUAAUCAGGGAGGGACAUCUGAAACAGUAUGCGAAGAAGCAGGAGGCCGCUAGAGAAGCUAAACCAGUCACCGAGGAAAAGCCGACGGAAGAUAUGCCCGCCAUGCAAGUGGCCAUGAGCCUUACCAGGCCGGAAGAUUUUUACCUCCCUGACUGGGCCAACGCAGCAACCACCUAUUCCUGCCAUAACACAUGGGAGAGGUUUCCGUCCGCAAAGGUUAUAUCAGGCGGGGGUUUCAGCAAACUGACCGUCGGAUCUGUAAAACGCAAGUUCGACGAGCUAAUCUCGGCCAGCGCAAACGUAGCCUCGACUUUCGACCACGCCAAAGGCAGUCCCUCCUCAAUAUCUUUCUAUAAAGAAGAGUUUCCCGGAGGAGCACCUAACGCGACCAUCCCUCUCCUCAUCCGAUCCCGGAUGGCUAAUUUUGACGUGCGACGCAUAUUGGUCGACCCGGGAAGUUCAGUGGACAUCAUGUACUCCCAAUUGUUCAAAACAUUGCAACUGAAUGACAGUCACCUUACACCAUACGUAGGAUCAGACUUACAAGGAUUCAAUGGCACAGUAACCAAGCCGUGGAGAUUCGUGGAACUCAUAGUUUCGAUCGGGUCGGCAGAGACCACCAGGGCAGUGAAAGUCCAAUUUCUAGUCAUCGACUGCCCAUCAAUAUACCAAUGCAUCCUCGGACGCCCCACUCUGGCCGAACUAAUCGCGGUUCCCUCAACCGUACACCUCAAGCUCAAAUACUAUACGACCAAAUGA